AUGGCCUCUGCCCUAGCUGUACUCCCACCGACAGCUCGUCACGAGCAAACGUCUCUUCAAGCCAUUCCUCACAAUGUCCACGCCAGCCACGAAGUCAACACCGCGUCGUACAUCAAGACCAUCCCCGACGAGCAGACAAUUACUGCUCCGGCAGUCAUCAAGACGCUCGUCGUCACUACACUCCAAGCAACCAAGAACUUCCCUAGCACUCUCAACAACUUCUUCGUCGCCACACACCCCGAGCGGCACCCACACUUUACAAGAAGAGCGAGGCGAGACCUAAACCACCAGGAAGAUUCCAAACUUGGACUGUCUGAGGCUGUCGAGAAGACCAGGAGAACCGUUGUGGACAUUGAAAAGGCUAUAUCUGGGUUCGUCGAAGGGUUGGGCAAAAGCAAGACUGCCCCUGAGAAUGGCGAUGGUCAUGUAAAGCGAGACCUGAAUGACAUGGACGAGACCUGGAUGAGCUGGAUAAAGAUGACAGGUGAUCCGAAAUGGAUGGAAGCGAACGAUAAAGUUAGGGAAGCUUAUUAG